GCUCCAGAGGGAGCUCUGGGGCCGAGGAUGCCCGCCAAGUAACCUCAAAGCUGUGAACGUCAAAAAACGGCGGCAGAGCUUUCCAGAAAAGGGUGUUAUUAGAGGAGAAGCAGCUGCAAAGAACGCAGACAGCAACUGGUAUACAAACACCAGAUAGGCUGACAUGCACACUUUUAGCAAUGCCGGUAUUGGUCGAUUGUUACUGCUGUGUCCUUUUUGUUCACUGUCUUUUCAUUCUUUACAUCAUCACCUUUGAUGCCUUAAACAGCAAAAGGAACCAAAGCACUGGCUCUUACAUCACUUUCUAAGUAGUCAGAACAUGCAGUUUCACUUCCAGAAUGGUGGGGUGCCCCUGCCAUCCCACUGGCACGAGAGUGGCUUUGCUGCUCAUCCAACCUCAGAGCUUCCAGUCUAGUUCCAGCUUGGUUAAACUGAAAGGCAGUUGUCACUAAGACAUUUCAGAAAUAGAGACCACAAAGCCAGGUAAGGAAGUAAAAAAUGGUCAUGGUGGGAAAUUAAAUUUGCUAACUACAAUAAUAUGACAUCUUUUUUCUCUGAAAAGCUCCAUAGCUUUGUUGUGAGUAUGCUUUAGGAUACAGGCUAUCUUGAGUCCACAUCCUUCUGAGAAUAUGGGUCAUGCUGUGUCCCUAUGUUAAAAAUGGGUGUUGAGAAUCUGCAAUAAAGGUUUGUGACUAGAACAUAAACUGUAUGGAUUCUACUGAGAUCAUUCUGCAGAACGGGCAGGUGGAAGACAAAGGAAGUACGUUUUGGCAAAUAGAAGAAGUGCUGCCUCUACCCACCUUACAUCAGCUUUGCUUUAUAGAUCUGUGUGAAGUGUUUGCUUGACCUAAGAGUCAUCUACCCUGGCUGAGACCCAGAGCUCUAUUUAAUCUUUGACAGAGGAAUUCCAUUAGGCUGCAUAAGAGCAGAGUCCUGUGAAAAAUGUAUGUGAUACAUGCCUUCACCUCCCCACACACUGCCAGGCUUGCAGCCAAUGGACAGUUCUGGUUCAUUGCUGAGAUCCCACCUGACCAUUCUGGCUCACCUGACAACUUGGCAUUUCUGUCCAUGCCCUAGAGUAUCACUGGUGUUUCCAAGAGACCAGCGCCACUUGUCCUCUGCUGGCUCCCAAAACAGCUCCCUGGGCUGGGCUACAACCACUCCGUAACUUAAAUUUGAUUUAUUUGUAGGUCUCUUGAUGUGAAUUUUGGAGCUGUGCUUCAUGUUUCCCAGGAUUCUGGCCUUCCUCUUUUUUUUUUUUUUUUCUCUCCUCCCCCCUCCCAGAUAGUUGCUCGGCAGAUGAUUGCACAGGGGGUGCCAGGGGCUAUUGUGAAUGUCUCCAGCCAGGCAUCAAAGCGUGCGCUGAGGGAUCACGCUGUUUAUUGUUCCACAAAAAGUGCUUUGGAUAUGCUGAGCAAAGUAAUGGCAAUGGAACUGGGACCCCACAAGAUUAGGGUGAACACUGUGAACCCCACCGUGGUUAUGACUGACAUGGGGAGAAUUAACUGGAGUGACCCUCAGAAAUCUGCUGCCAUGAUUAAUCGGAUUCCCCUGGGAAAGUUUGCAGAGGUGGAUGAUGUGGUGAACAGCAUUCUCUUCCUGCUGAGUGACAAGAGUGCUAUGACAACUGGCAGCUCACUGAUGAUUGAUGGGGGCUUCCUUGUCUCCUAAGAUGACACCUGCAUUUCACACCUGUCCUCAAUUUUCAUAUGAAUACCGCCUAGAUGUAAAUUGGAUAAAAAACAAUGACAGACUUCCUGCUGGAGGGGCAGCAGGGCUGAAGCCUGUAUUAGAAGUGAGGCAGAAAAAUCAGCUUUGCAAGGCUGCUAUAUAAUAAAGCUCACAUACACCUUCA